AUGAAGGUCCCCAGUGGUCCUGAAGUGUUUCUGUUUCAUGUCUUCGCCCUUCAGGAGGAAGUGGCCUACAAAACCCCAGUGCACUGGAGGAGGAGUACCACUGACCCCAUCAGGUGGAUCACUGCAGAUCCCUGCUAUAACUACACUGUGCUGGAUGAUCCUAGGAGAUCCACAGACAAUCGAUAUUCCUACGAAUUAAUGUGUGACGUAUGGGUCAGCUGGAGCGGCUGGUACCGUCUCUUCAUUCAUGGUCAGAGCGCUCAGAUGCCAGACACAUGUGUUGAUAAGUAUAGCUGUGGCACUAAUGUCCCGCUGUGGCUGAACGGAGGUCAUCCGAAUGUUGCGGAUGGAGUGGUCACUCGAGGCGUCUGUGGUCACUGGUUCAAUAACUGCUGCCGUACUCCAUCCAGUUCCAUUAGAGUCAAAGCCUGUCCAGGAGGUUAUUAUGUCUAUGAGUUUGUGGUGCCAGUUACCUGCCAUUUGGCAUACUGUGCAGGACGAGGAAUAUUCUACCCAUUCGGCUGGGCAGUAGGAGACGCAAUAAAUCCUGUUGUUGAUGAUGAAAGCUCCUCUGUUAUUCAGCUGUCGAGUCCAUUUCUGUUCUUUGGUCGCACAUACCAGCAGAUUUAUGUGAAUAAUAAUGGACACCUCACAUUCAACAAGGCUUCAGCGGAAUAUGUUCCAUAUUCAUUUCCUGGUUAUGAAAGCCAGGAUAUAAUCGCUGGUCUCUGGACAAACCUCGACAACAGUGUGAGAGGUUUUGUAUCUUAUCAGCAGUACACCAGUGGAGAUGUUCUCUCUCAGGCCACUCAGGACAUAAACACACAUUUCCCAAAUCUGACUUUCACUGCUUCUCGGGUUUUUGUUGCAACGUGGAAUAAAGACGCUUACUCCAACUCAACCAUCACAGAAACAUCGUUUCAAGUGGUUUUAAUUUCAGGCAGUAAUUCUUCAUUUAUUCUGAUGAAUUAUGGUGAGAUUGCUGAAACAGGACUUCCAGUGCAGGCUGGUUAUGACACAAUAAACUCUACACACUACUUUGUGGUUCCUGGGUCAGACAGCGGCAGCUUCAUCUCAAACCUCAGGAACUCCAGUAAUGUUGAUGUUCCCGGCCAAUGGGCCUUCAGAGUGGACAGCGGACCAAGAAACAGCCUCUUGAAAAACAAUGUUGUUAGUUUUCGAGUGAGACUUUCCUCAUUUUCAGACCUAACACAGAGUGGAAACACUGAAAGGCUUUUACAGAAAAUGAAACAGGAGCUGGUCAAAUACGGUCUGCCAAACAACUGUGAGCUGAAGUUAAGAAAACUGCAAAAGAUAAAGCCAUAAUUACAGUUUCCUUCAGAAAAAGUCAAACUGGUUUGUUUACCAUCUGACAGCAAAUAUCCCUGAUGACUGAUGAUGUAA